CAACCCUGAUUAUUUGAACUGUUCCUCCCAUUCGAUUCAGUAUCCAUUAACAUAGACGGGGAUUCCUGAAUAAUGGCUGCCGAAAGCAAUGUGAAAAUGCCCAGAAUCAAGCUCGGCUCACAGGGAUUGGAAGUGUCUGUGCAAGGACUCGGAUGCAUGGGCAUGACGCCACAUUUCGGCCAGCCGAAGCCCGGGCCCGACAUGAUCAAACUCAUUCACUAUGCACUAAAUUCCGGCAUCACGUUCCUUGAUACCUCCGACAUCUAUGGGCCGAAAACCAAUGAAAUCCUCCUCGGGAAGGCUUUGAAGGAUGGAAUGAGGGAGAAAGUGGAGUUAGCUACGAAAUUCGGGUUUAGACUUGCUGAUGGGAAGAAUGACAUAUGCGGCGACCCAGCCUAUGUACGGGCUGCCUGCGAGGCUAGCUUGAAGCGGCUUGAUGUUGAUUGCAUUGAUCUUUAUUACCAACAUCGCAUUGAUACACGUGUGCCUAUUGAAGUCACGAUGGGAGAACUAAAGAAACUUGUGGAAGAAGGUAAAGUAAAAUAUAUUGGUCUAUCAGAGGCCUCACCUUCUACAAUCAGAAGGGCGCAUGCUGUUCAUCCAAUUUCAGCAGUGCAGUUGGAGUGGUCUUUGUGGACAAGAGAUGCUGAGGUAGAAAUAAUUCCCACUUGCAGAGAACUUGGCAUUGGAAUAGUAGCAUACAGUCCUCUUGGACGGGGAUUCUUCUCCUCCGGUCCAAAAGUCGUUGAAACUUUCUCUGAAGUGGACUUUCGAAAGCGUCUACCAAGAUUCCAACCCGAGAAUCUGGAGCUUAAUAAGAGCUUAUUCGAGAGGGUCAAGGAUAUUGCAAAUAGAAAGGGAUGUACCCCUUCACAGCUUGCUUUGGCCUGGGUACAUCAUCAAGGAAAUGAUGUUUGUCCGAUACCUGGUACAACGAAAUCUACGAACCUUAAUGAAAACAUGGGAGCAUUGUCUGUAAAACUGACGGAAGAAGACAUGGCCGAACUUGAAUCUAUUACUUCGGCCGAUGCUGUCAAGGGCGAGAGAUAUGGACCCAAUAUCCCUACAUGGAAAGAUUCAGACACGCCACCUUUGUCAACCUGGAAAGCAGCCGCAUAAAGAACGCUUUAUCUAUCUCAUAAUAAUACCUUAUCAUGUGUGAUCACUUUGUGCCUGCCCGUUUUGCCAUUGGAGUGAAGAGGUCGAAAUAAAAUUGGCAUCAAAUGUUCUAAGCAAGCAGUUUUCAUUGCUAGAAAUUUUAUCUCCUUGAAAACUGUUGGGAUUUAAUUUGAUAGUUAUUUUAUAUCUAUAAUUUCGAGUUUA